CUUGCCCUUACUUAUUCCAUGAGUCCUAGUCUCUGGUGGCCCGCCUAUUCAACUUUUUAAAGGGGAUUAUUGUGGGGGGUGGCAUUAGCUCACCCAGAUUAAAGUGGCCUUGUUCAAACCUCUGUAAUCCAGCCAUCUGUCAGAGAACAGGAGGGCAGCACCUGGUUGCCUCAGGACUCCAACUACACACGCACCUCUCACUAGGCCAAUUAGAGAAAGGGGAAAAGCUUCUCUAUUCCUGCCCCCGAAACGGCAGCACCGUGGUCUGAAAUACACCUUUACACCUGCCUGAAGUUUGGUCCCGACAUGGAAGAGACAUAUCUGCUGAACUAUCCCGGGGUCCGGAAGAGGAUUUUGGCCGGAGGGACCGGCCCUAUACCCCACUUUCCACCCGGCACCAAGCUGGUGUUCCACUUCCAGACGCUGUUGGAUGACUUCGAGCGCACAGUGAUUGACGACAGUCGUAAAGGCAAGAAGCCGGUCGAGAUCUUUGUGGGGAAGAUGUUUAAGAUGGAAGUCUGGGAACCGCUGCUGACGUCCAUGAGGAUCGGGGAGGUGGCCGAGUUCUGGUGUGACGCCGUUCACACUGGCCUGUACCCCAUCGUGUCCAAAGGGCUGAGGCUGAUUGCCCAGGGCAAGGACCCCCUGGAGGGACAGAGGCACACGUGUGGCAUGGGGAACAUGUUCCAUUACAACAGCACUGGCUGGACGGAGCUGGAUGAACUGAUGAGGACACCUCAGCCGCUGAUCUUCAUCAUGGAGCUUAUUCAGGUGGGUGACCCCUUCUCAUACAAGCGGGACUCAUGGAUAAUGGAUAAGGAUGAGAAGAUGAAAGAGGUGCCUUCGCUUCACCUACAGGGCAACGCGCUGGUCAGACAGAGGAGGUUCAGAGAGGCCGCCGAGAAGUACCAGGAAGCUGUAGUUCUUCUGCGGAUUGUACUGUCCAAGGAGAUGCCAGGUGAUGAGGACUAUAUAUCUGUGGACCAGCUCAUCACUCCUCUGGUGUUGAACUACUGUCAGUGCAUGUUGGAGCUGGAGGAGUACUAUGAGGUUCUGGAGCACGCCAGUGACCUAAUUCACAAACACAAAGACUGUGUCAAGGCGUACUACAAGAGGGCCAAGGCUCAUGCCGCAGUGUGGAAUGAGAAGGAAGCCAAGAGGGACUUUAACAUGGUGGCCAACCUGGACCCCACACUGGGUCCUCUCAUACACAAAGAGCUGAGGCUCCUCACUGACAGAGUGAGGGAGAAGAACUGGGAGGAGAAACAGAAAUACUGGAACUGCCUGGAGCCAGAGGGGAAGAAAGAGGAGGACGAGAAGAAGGAAAUGGAGGUUAAAGAGGAGAAGGGAGAAAAGGAAGUGAUGGAGGAGGAGGAGGAAAACGAUGUGGAAGAAAAAGAAGAGAAGGAAAAGAAGGAUGCUAAGAAAGAGAAAGAAGGAAAGAGAAAGAAAGAGGAGGGAGUGCAGGAUGAGAGCUCAGAAACUACUGUGAAAAAUGAAAAACCAUGGAACAAAGUUGUGACGAAGGGUGAAACAUCCAUGAUGGCUACAGUGAAAGACAGGGCUAGAGUGAAGGAAAGACCAGCCAAUCAAGCUGUAGUGAAUAAUGAAACAGCCAAUGAGAUGGCUAACAGCAGUGCCGAAACCCAGCCCGCGACCAAUCAGAACACUCUGUUUGUGCAUCCUGCGGAGGGGAUGGACUGGCAGCAGAAGUUGCGACACAUCAUGUUUCUGCAGAAGGAGGGCAACUUCCUGCUGACUGAGCAGAAAUACAGUGAAGCCACUGGAAAGUUCAAGGAGGCUCUGGAGUUUGUCGACUUCAUUCAGAAGGAGGUGGACUACACAGAUAGGAAGGAGGACUGGGACUCUCUGGAGAAAGUGCGCGUGCCGAUCACACUCAAUCUCAGUCAGUGUCUCCUGGAGCUCAGGGACUACCAGCAAGUGGUGGAUCUCAACACCAAGCUGAUUAAGAAAGACGCAGAUAACUUCAAGGCUGUGUACCAGCGAGCCAGGGCACACUCGGCUUUGUGUCAUGAGGAACAGGCCAGGAAAGACUUCCGAAAGGUGGAGCGCCUGGAACCCAGGUUCAAGCCUGUUGUCAUGCAGGAGAUGAAGAAGCUGGGCGAGAACCUCCGGACCAAGCACGUCAGGGACAACAAGAACUACUGGGAAGUCACGGAGGAAAAGUGGAAAACCAAGGCCAAAAAAGGGAAAGUAAAGAAGACAGUGCACUUUAAAGAGGAGAAAAGUGGAGCACAGGGAAGUGUUAAAAAACAGGAGGAAUCAGGCUUAAAUCUAAAAGAUGGAGGCACUGAUGGGGUGAGAGGGGUUAUGAGUGAGGGACAAGCAGAGGGAAGUGCAAAGGCCGUAGAAGACGCAGCCUCUGGGAAAGUAGGAGGUAGUGUGGAAGCUGGUAGGAAGCAUGGAGGCGGUGUGGAGGCAGAGAGAGACGAGGCAGAGAGAGACGAGGCAGAGAGAGACGAGGCAGAGAGAGACGAGACAGGGAGAGACGGUGUGGAGAGAGACGGUGUGGAGAGAGACGAGGCGGAGAGGGACGGUGUGGAGAGAGACGAGAUAGAGAGAGACGAGGUAGAGAGAGACGAGGUAGAGAGAGACGAGGUAGAGAGAGACGAGGUAGAGAGAGACGGUGUGGAGAGAGACGGUGUGGAGGCAGAGAGAGACGAGGUGGUGGUACCGGUCGGGUGGUGGUCGUGCCACGCCGUCGCUGAGAACCCCACUGGGGCAGAGCCAGUGUUCUAG